GCUAUUAAUUUUAUUGCUGCGUCCUAGACUCCUCGACAAUUUAAACUUAUUUCACAAAGAGCAUCCAACUCGGAAUGUCUUCAUAUUACUUAAAAUGCAUACUCCUGCUAUGGCCAGCUGUCUUGAACGGAAUAGCAUGUUUUCGAUGCGAUAGAAGACCGUAUGGUUCAACGACUCAAGCCUCUCCAUCGGACGGGCGUUUCAAACUUAUCGUUUUGGGAUUGGAUAACCAUGCAUAUAUCCCGGAAGAAGUUUAUACAGUGAAAAUUACGGAAACAGACGGUGAAAGUCAGUUCACAGGCUUCAUGAUAUCGGCUGAAGGCGACACUAAACCAGACCCGAGGAAUCCAAGGCGGUUAAUAUCCUUGUUCCCCGGGGAAAUUAGGCCGCGCUCCCCUGCCACUGCUAGGUACAGCGAUCGAUGUCUCUAUUCCGUCGAACAAGCCUUAGGCUCUGUGAAGUCUAGUGUUGAGGUUUUCUGGCAAGCCCCGCCAUCAGGGCAUGGUUGUGUCACCCUGCGCGCGAUGGUCAUGGAGAAUGAUGAGAUGUGGUUCGAAGAUGGCGCGCCAUUAACCGAGAAGCUGUGCGAAGACCUGAGGCAGCCAGAUGACGUCGCGCCCUCGCUUAACUACGAGUGCCAGAUAUGUGACGAGGCUAAAUAUGAGAUAUCAUUCACGGGCUUUUGGUCCCGUAACACCCAUCCCAGGCUGUACCCUGAGAAUGACUGGGUGCCGCGCUUUAGUGAUCUGGUCGGGGCUUCCCACACCAUCGAAUAUUUUCUAUGGGCUCCUGGCUCUUUGGCCUCUGAGGGUUUCCGAGUUCUCGCUGAACACGCUAACUCCAGUCAACUGGAGGCUGAAAUACGUGCAAAGAUUGGAGACGGAGUGCGUACAUUAAUCAAAGGCAAAGGUCAUGGUUACCGUAAAAUGAAGAAUCCUACAUAUGCAUUCUUUCGCACGGACAAGGACCAUCACCUGGUAUCCGCUGCUGUGGCUCUUUAUCCUUCUCCAGACUGGUUCCUGGGGGUGACCAGGUUUGAACUCUGCCAGGAAGACAACACCUGGCUUAAGGAACGGGAAUUGAACCUAUACCCAUGGGACGCUGGCACUGACAGCGGUGUUUCAUACGAGUCACCAAAUAUCCAAACUUACCCACAAGAUGCGAUUUCAAGAGUGCAAAUGAGUUCUUACGACAAAAACUCGCCAUUCUACGAGAUGGACAUGAAAGACAUGCAUCCAUUCGGUAAACUCCACAUCAAGCUUGUAAGGACUUAUCAAAGGGACUGUACGGAAGAAACAACAGAAAAACCAGAAGUGACAGAAGCCUCAACCGAGGCUGAGAAUGGUACAACAACAGAAACAACAGUCACUGAAGAGAGUACCAAACCCGAGGAGCCAGAGCCACCUUCCAGGUACCAAAACGUACAGAUAGGUAGCGGCGAGCUAGGGGGCGAAAUGCCAAUAGUAACGGAUCCAGAAUCACCAGAAGACUGUCCCAUGUCUCAGUGGCUUGAGUGGAGUCCUUGCGAAGGUCCUUGUGAAGGAGACACGAUGAAAGGGUACAGGUGGAGGGAGAGAUACCAUCUCGUGGACGGUGUUGCUGUUGAGAAGUAUGAUCCGCAUGCUACACAUACAUCGGACAAGGAAGUUUCUAAGUACUGCAAAAGCCAUUACGAUGACUUCGAGCAGGACGAAUGCGAAGACGAUUGUUCAGACGACGACGCGAGCGAAGAGGAAGAAGAAAUUAAAGUGGAUCGCAGAAUCAUGCCGCCAAUCACGCCAGGAGGGUCGUGGUCAAAGAGACGCGAAAUAAACAAGCCAAAAUAUUUUUUGCACAGAAAUUGAUUCGUUUUAAGUACAUAUUUACUCUUUAUUCUAGAUUUAUAUAGUUUUAUUAAGAUUGAACAGAAUAAACAAUUCACUGUAA